GCCUCAGCCGUGUCACGCUUUUUUGCUAAAGUGCUUUUUUUUCAAUAGGGUCCAGCUGGCGUUUGGCCCAGUGUGGGAUGUCUCAAGGAGAUGAAACACGCCUCUAACAUACUGCUGGAUUAUGUCCAAGGGGUGAUUGUCCACUGUGCUUCCGUCUUGGGAUACUCCACUGUGUUUGCUUGCUGACACUGUUUUGGGCCUCUAUAGAGUCCUUGGCCGUAACACCUGCUGUCUCGCUCCUCGAACAUAUCGAGCCCCUAAAAACUGGAUAAGAUGGAUCAAUCUUUCAUCAUCGUAACUGCAUUGCCGCCGAUGACGGCUCCGCUCAUGACGCGAUCCCAGAGGUCCCACCUCACGCACUAGGACAACUCAGUCAGUGGUCGUCGGAACAUGCAACCUGGGUUUCGAAAGAGGUAACUAGCAUAAUGCAGUAGGCGAUAGAGUAUACCUUGACUUUAUAUCUAUGUACAUUUAGCUCUGCAAUGGGACCUGCUGUACGAACUAUCGCCAUUAUUGGCGCCGGCCCGUCCGGUCUCGCAGCGGCCAGACAACUGGCUGCUGAAAAGAUCUUCACCAAAAUUGACAUAUUCGAGCAGAGAUCCGCCACGGGAGGAGUAUGGAAUCACAGCGACCUCGAUGCCGAGCCAGGCUUUUCGAUCCCGCGCCAAACCCCCAUCAAUCAGCCGGACAGCUACACCACCGAUACGGCUGGUGUGCAGUUUGUAUCCCCAGUAUACGACAAUCUGGAAACGAACCUCACGCAUGGUAUCAUGAGCUUUAGUGACCAUUCCUUCCCCAGUGGUACAAUUCUGUUCCCACGCCACGAGGAAGUGCUCAAGUAUUUACGACUGUAUGGCAAAGAACUGGAAGACCAAAUAUUGUUCCAGAAACAAGUCAUUCGUGUAGAGAAGAUACACACGGCAGAAAAGCCUAAAUGGGACGUAAAAGUCAAAGAUUUACUGACGGAUGAGGUUUUGAUUUUUGAAUAUGACGCCGUCAUGGUCGCGAGCGGUCACUACAGCGAACCUUUUUUGCCAGCUAUCGAAGGCAUUGAGGGAUUCAACCAACAGUUUCCCGCAAUUAUAUCACAUGCCAAGUAUUAUAGAAGACCAGAGAAGCAUAAGGGCAAGAAAGUCAUUGUUGUUGGAAACUCUGCCUCCGCCAUCGACAUAAGCAACCAAAUAUCAGAGCAUGCAGCACUGCCUGUGAUUAUUUCAAUCAAAGAUGAUGAAUAUGCGUUCAAUUCAGAAUCUAGCAAUAGCUGGUCUACACGCUUCCCCCAAAUCGAAGAGUUUCUCCCCGCUCACCGCGGAGUUCGCUUUUCCAACGGCCACGUUGAACAUGACAUUGACUCAGUCAUAUUCUGCACUGGUUACCACUAUAUAUUUCCGUUUCUAAAGCAAUCUGUUAACCCGGUCUUCGUACCGUCCGGCGCAUACGCCGAUCAUCUGUGGCACCACAUGAUAUAUACAAAAGACCCAACAUUGGCAUUUCUCUGUAUACCACAGCAGAUUGCCCCUUUUCCUUUUGGAGAAGGCCAAGCUGCAGUUAUAGCAAGGAUUUGGUCAGGACGAUUGGAAACUCCAUCUACAGAUGAAAUGGAUCAAUGGGUGAAUAAUCUGCGCGCCGCGAAGGGUGACGCAAAAGCCCGACACUUGCUGGGAACACCAGGGAACAUAGCGUAUACUAACAUGUUUUACGACAUGUGUAGUAAGGCGACACCUCGGUCUGAAUUGGGUCUCGAGAAUAAUGGUAUGGGGAAAUUGCCGAUCUACUGGGAUGAGGAAAUGUCAUGGAUACGGCUAAUGACACUGAACAUAAAACUGGCCAUGAGGGCUCUUGGUGAGAGGAGGCGCGAAGUCACAACGUUGAAACAACUGGGAUUUGAUUUUGAAACCUGGAAAGUACAACAGCGGUAA